UUUUUCACCACAUAAACGUAAACAAAAAGUAGUCAUUUAAUAAAUUUAUUGAUGUUAAAAGAGUUUUAGUCUAAAAUGUAUCAUUUAGCAUCGGGUUUUUAUGAAAUGUUAACAAAGAAGGAUGAGUUCAAUAUUCUGAUACUAGGAUUAGAUGAUGCUGGAAAGUCAACAUUUUUAGAGACAGCAAAGAUGAAAUUUACCAAAGGAUAUAAAGGAAUGAACCUUAAAUUCAUCACAACAACAGUCGGUCUUAAUAUUGGAGAAAUUAACAUCAGUGGAGUUAAACUUAGUUUUUGGGAUUUGGGAGGUCAAAAAGAGCUUCAAUCAUUAUGGGACAAGUACUAUGACGAGUCACAUGGAGUAAUUUACGUGAUAGACAGCAAUGACAGAGAUCGAAUGAAUGAAUCUAAAGAAUUAUUUGAUAGAAUGAUUAAAAAUGAGUAUCUUAGUGGAGUUCCAUUGCUGAUCUUAGCGAAUAAACAAGAUAUAGUUGACUGCAUGGGUGUUCGGGAGAUUAAGCCAGUAUUUCAGCAACAUGGGCAUUUAAUAGGAAGAAGAGACUGCCUGACAAUUCCUACAUCUGGAUUGACUGGCGAUGGUGUUGAGGAAGCUAUUAAGUGGUUGACGGAUGCUGUAAAAAGGAAUGGAAUUUUAAGACCGCCCAAAAAUAUGACGUGAUUUGAGAUGAAAAAAUUAGAAAUUUUAAAAUAAAAUUUUUUUAAAUUAUUAAACUUUAAAUUAUUGAAAUAAAUUGUGGA